AUGAAGAUGCCACUGGAUGUGAGUAGCGACAUGUACGGAGGAAGUGAUCAACUUGCAAAACUUAGCAGCACAGUCAUGAUGUGUAUUGCAAUAGUUACUUGUACAAUUCCGAAUGAAAUACUAGUAGAACAUGUUCUAGUUAAUUUUUUCAUGCUUCUGUUGUUGGUAAUAUCAACUUUCUCGGCGGUUACAGUUGCUACCACUAAAAAACAUCUAGAAUUGAAGUAUAGUGAAAUACACAAAGAAGCAUUAAGAGAACAAAUUGGAAAGAAAAUUACAGUUGAAAAACUGAAAGAAAAUGUCAACAAGUACUGGAUGAUGGCAGAAACUGGGAGCCCCCAGUUUGUGAUGGCAUGUUCUGUGACCUGCUCUGCUUCAGGGAUUGCUACAGUGGGCGUGGGGAUCAUUGAUCCGAUAUGUAGAUGGUUCACUGCCAUUAAAUUCAAAUGCUCCAAGGAAAGUACCAAAGGCUUCAAAACUGAGCUCAAACCAGAGAGUUAUUGGAUUAAGAGGUUGGAAGAAUGGAAGAAGAGCUCUAUAGUUCUUCAAAUCCGUGGUCUGAAAUUGAGAAAACUUGUCCAGCGCACCAAAAAUCUAGUUUUGAACUUGUGUAUAAUGAUUCAGGUUAUGAUUGUGGUAACAAGCAAAUUAACUCUUCUUAUUCCCCUUUUUUUUGUUCGCCGGCUCAUGUUAUGUUACUGCUGUUGCUACAAUUUGUUUAAAGAGCCUGUACAUAACUCAACAUCCCCAACGAAGUCGGAUAAUGUUUUGCUUCUUGAAGGUGAAGUGGAACUUACUGAAAGUACCUUGAAGAACAUUCGUAAAGCAGCAGAUCAUUUCAUCGUCAAGGCCAACAAACAGCAGCCCAGAAAUUUAAUCGAGCUUCUUCAACAAAAAUCUACAUGUGGCUUUGAAUGCAUAUUAGACUUUCAUAGCGACAAAGGUCCAUCAUUAGAUUCUCAAGAACCUCUUAAUUGCUGGGCUUUGCCAUUGGUGACUCUAACUUGCAUCGCCAUUACAAUUUCCAAAAUCAAUAAGAACAUGGCUGACAGGCUUGUGCGCAGCGUGAGCGAAGGCCUCUCGUAUGUUAGACAUGUUGACGAAGCCAUGGAUACCAAAGGGAACCUCACAAACAGUAGAGAUGCAGCUAAUAAAGCGUGGUUAGGAGUCGAACUUGAAGGCAAGUGGCUUGAUGAAGAUCUCACCAGAAUAGCUCCCAAAGAAACAUGUUGUAGAGAGACUUUUCAAAUACUCGCUGAUUUUGCUCAGAAAAUUGUUAUAAAAUACAAGGCAAAUAUCAAUGCAAGCCCCGACGAGAGGCCUACCAAUUGGCCCAUUAACGUUAUAGCGGCUAAUUCUAUGUAUAGAAUUUGCAAAUCUCUAUUGCUGGAUGAUGAAG